CUGAAGGCUCGUGGUACGAACCACCCUACUCCCGUGACUACACUUUGUUUGCUGAAGAACAAAUUGAAGCAAACAAGGUGGCAAUUCGAGAGAGAGCAAAACUCUUCUUGAAUCAGUCCGGAAGGAAAAGGAGUUCGAAAGGAGAUUACACGAAGGAUCAGAAUUGAUGCAGAAAAUGCUGGACGACUUUCAAAGAGAGAGAUUAGAAGCUGAGUCUAAAGCCGAUAAAUUAGUCAAUGAUCUCGGCAAGGCUGUUGAACUUAAACGCUCCCUCCAAUCUCAAGAUCAAAUGAGGGAGGUUAAGGUUCAAAAAGAGGCUCUAGAACCUAAGACCAACCCUGAACCCAUAAACCAACAGAUUCCAGUUCUAGAAGAUUCACCCAGUUUUACACCAUCACAGAAACCCGAGAGCAUAACAACUCUCGCUAGGGCUACUGUGGUGAUGUUACCUAAAUCCCUUCCUAGGCAAGUCACAACCAGCGUAGUCGUACAAAAGAUGGAUGUUGCUUGGAUGAUCCCGCAUGGAAACCGCCGCACAUUACAGAAUCUGGAAGAGCUCCCUUUGCACUCAGAGGAAGCAAGGAAGAAGUUUCUCACUUGGGGAAACACGAAGAUGCUCCAGCCUCCCAUGGUGCUAGACCCUGCCUACUUGGAUGAACUAGGGCACUGGCAGGACAUCGACGAGUUUCUGUACAACCCAAAGGGGAGGAUCUUGUUGUUCCUACAAGCACCAGCAAGCCUGGAAGUCACCAUCGAGUUUCUGUGCUCUCUCCGCUUCCUCAAUGACAGAGAAGAAGUAAAGUCAACAGCUGAAGUCACCUCCACCACCAAGCUCACAUUCACUCUGAUGGGACGACUCCUGAGCCUUACUGUGGCAGACUUAGGGUGGCUGAUUGGUCUUUACACGCUUGAUGAAACGCGGAGCCUGGAAUUUGCUAAUCUGCCCGAUCGGUUGGAUCCAGAGUUCGAUGUGAAGAACUAUUUCGGCCGUUCUCAUGGCCCCGACGUGGUGUUCGAUUCUGAUAUGCUAUUUUUCUGGAGUCUGGAAGCACGCGUACCAGUCAAUCUGGCGACUUUUGUGGCUCGAUUCCUAUUUGCCCAAUCAACUUGCAACCACCAGUUUGUCUUGUGUGGACCAAUGGUUACACUUCUGGCCCGGGGAUUAUGUAUGACGGUCCCCAAUGUUCUCCCAGAAGCCGCAAGCAUGUUCCGACCAUCGACAAGGUAUUUGACCCAGAUUGCUUAUAAUAAGGAGGACAAGGAGGCACGCCCCAGAAAGCAGCAUACAAUUCCCAUGACCCUUCGCGAGCUUUCACAAGCUAUGUUUGCAUUCCAGGAUUCCGUGGACUCUCGCCUAAGGAGCAUGGAGACGCUCCUUCUCACACAGCAAUGGCAGAAGAGGAAAUACUUGAAUACACUCGGGAGCAAGGAACAAAGAAGGCCGAGCAUAAGGAAGGUCCUAAACAAGCCCAUGCCAGACAGCGCUGUUGGUCACUCGAGCAUUGCUGUUGGGCUGGUUUAGCUAGACUCAUGAUUGGUUUAGUCAUGCUGUUAGCCGAUGUAAAAAAUCCAAGUUCUCUAAAAUAAAAAACAAGUGUUGAAAAUAUUUCUUUAAAGCACUUUGCUAAGAAAUCAAGUGAAACAUC